UUGAAAACAUGAAUUGAAAGACACAACCAUUGAAGAGAAUGAAGUUACUAGGUUUAGCUGUGUUGUUACUGUGCAGUAGUAGCAUGAUGGCAAAUGGUGCAGUUUCAGAAAUUUCAUGGAGACAAAUCAGCGUUAUCAAUGGUGAAGGACCAUACAUUGGUAUAGUGGUGCCAAAUACCUUUGAGUUGGAUCCUCUUCUUCGUUCAUCACGCUUUCUGCCUCAUCACAACUUUCCUUACUUCGAUUAUGCAGGAAAACAUUUUCGUAUCGGUGUUCUGGAAAAUAAGCGAGUUGUAGUUGUUAUGUGUGGAUUGGGAAUGCUAAAUGCAGGUAUUUCAACCCAAUUGUUGCUUACUUUGUUUGAUGUGGAAGGAGUUCUUCAUUAUGGAAUUGCAGGAAAUGCAAAUCCUAAAUUCCAGAUUGGAGAUGUUACUAUUCCACAGUAUUGGGCACACACAGGACUUUGGCAUUGGCAGAGGUUAGGAGAAGUAAAUGGAGAUUUCAACACAAAAUUUGGUUAUCUUGAGUUUUCCGAUUACAGUAACAGCACAAAAGAUUUCAACACAGAUACUAAUCUUUUGAACAAAGUGUGGUAUCAACCAGAAGAAAUUUUCCCUGUGAAUGGAAUUCCAGAAGCUGGACACCACAUUUUCUGGACUCCAGUUGACAAGACUUACUUCAAAAUGGCAGGAAAACUCAAGAAUGUUAAAUUGGAGAGCUGUGUUAACACAACAUGUUUGCCAAGGAAGCCUAUUGUGACAAGAGUGGAGAAAGGAGUUGCAGCAAAUGUGUUUGUUGAUAACAAAGCUUACAGAGAAUUUUUGUACUCAAAAUUUGAUGCAACUACAAUUGAUAUGGAAAGUGCUGCUGUUGCAUUAGUGUGCCUCCAACAGAAGAAACCCUUCAUUGCCAUUAGAGCUUUAUCUGAUCUAGCUGGUGGAGGUUCUGCAUUGUCCAAUGAAAUAAACGUUUUUUCCUCCUUAGCAUCCCAGAAUUCAUUUGAAGUUCUUGUCAAGUUCAUAUCCCUGUUAAAUUAGUACCCUAAUGUCUUUCUUAAAGUUAAAGCAAGGGGUUUCAAAUAAUGUGUUACCAAUUCAUAGAUGUUGGUUUACACCAUUGUGUACUAGAAAGUAAAAGCAGAACCAAAAUUGUUUGAAUACA